CGCCUUUAUAUCAAACAUUCGGAAGCAAACUAGCAAAGUGCCACUCUUCAAAGAGAAACCAGCAGAUAAAACCUACUCCUCCCUUCCUUAUCUCGAACAAACUCUCCGGCGGAUAUCUCCUCCACUUCUCCUUUGUUAUACUGUACGUGAACACAAUGGCAUCGACCUUCACUGCUACAUCUUCACUUGGCUCCUUGGUUGCUGCUCCCAUUGCCCCAAAGCUUUCUACAAGCUCAUUUGGAAGGAGACAGAAUGUGUGCCCAAGAAGAUCCCGUCCUGCUGCGAUUGUAUGUGCAGCCAAGGAGUUGCAUUUCAACAAAGAUGGUUCUACCAUUAAGAAACUUCAAACCGGUGUUAACAAGCUAGCCGACCUUGUUGGUGUGACACUUGGACCAAAAGGGAGAAACGUUGUUCUUGAGAGCAAGUAUGGAUCACCGAAAAUUGUUAAUGAUGGUGUCACUGUCGCUAGGGAGGUCGAGUUGGAGGACCCGGUUGAGAACAUUGGUGCAAAGCUUGUCAGACAAGCAGCUGCAAAGACCAAUGACUUGGCUGGUGACGGUACAACAACAUCUGUUGUUCUUGCACAAGGCUUUAUUGCUGAGGGUGUCAAGGUGGUGGCUGCAGGUGCAAACCCUGUAUUGAUCACUAGAGGCAUUGAGAAGACAGCAAAGGCUUUGGUUCACGAGCUGAAGCUAAUGUCUAAGGAGGUUGAAGACAGUGAACUUGCGGAUGUGGCGGCUGUUAGUGCCGGCAACAACCCUGAAGUUGGAAACAUGAUCGCUGAAGCAAUGAGCAAAGUAGGCAGGAAAGGUGUGGUGACACUUGAGGAGGGUAAAAGCGCUGAGAACCACCUUUACGUUGUGGAAGGCAUGCAGUUUGACCGUGGUUAUAUCUCACCGUACUUCGUGACAGACACUGAGAAAAUGUCUGUCGAGUACGAUAACUGCAAGCUGCUUCUUGUUGACAAGAAGGUUACCAAUGCAAGGGAUCUUGUUGGUGUUCUAGAGGAUGCUAUUAGAGGCGGUUAUCCGAUUCUAAUAAUAGCAGAAGAUAUUGAACAGGAAGCUUUAGCUACUCUUGUUGUUAACAAGCUUAGAGGCACUUUGAAAAUAGCAGCUCUUAAAGCUCCUGGAUUUGGAGAGCGGAAGAGCCAGUACCUUGACGAUAUUGCCAUUCUAACUGGAGCUACUGUGAUAAGAGAGGAAGUUGGUCUUUCUGUUGACAAAGCUGGGAAAGAGGUUUUAGGCAACGCCUCUAAGGUUGUCCUCACCAAGGAGAUGACGACCAUUGUGGGUGAUGGUAGCACACAGGAAGCAGUGAACAAGCGUGUCAUACAGAUUAAGAAUUUAAUUGAGCAAGCGGAGCAAGACUAUGAGAAGGAAAAAUUGAAUGAGAGAAUUGCAAAGCUUUCUGGUGGAGUUGCUGUAAUUCAGGUUGGAGCACAAACUGAGACAGAGCUUAAAGAAAAGAAACUAAGAGUUGAAGAUGCUCUUAACGCCACAAAGGCAGCGGUUGCGGAAGGUAUUGUUGUUGGUGGUGGUUGCACUCUGCUUCGUCUAGCAGCCAAGGUUGAUGCCAUUAAGGAUAGCCUUGUAAACGAUGAAGAAAAGGUUGGUGCAGACAUCGUUAAAAGAGCCUUGAGUUACCCUCUGAAAUUGAUAGCAAAGAACGCUGGUGUCAACGGAAGCGUUGUCAGCGAGAAGGUGCUAGCUAACGAUGACGUAAAGUUCGGUUACAAUGCUGCAACGGGGAAGUAUGAAGAUCUGAUGGCUGCAGGAAUCAUCGACCCCACAAAGGUUGUGAGAUGUUGUUUAGAACAUGCAGCUUCCGUUGCAAAGACGUUCUUGAUGUCCGACUGUGUGGUUGUGGAGAUCAAGGAGCCAGAGCCAGUUCCUGCUGGCAAUCCAAUGGACAAUUCAGGAUAUGGAUACUGAGAUAGAGCAGCCUGAUUUGCCUUUGAAGAGGAGAUAUGAAUGAACAUUCCGAAAUGAGAGUUAGCUCACCGGGAUACCGAUUACUUUAGCUUGCAAACAAAACUUAUGUGCUAAGUAUAAUGAUUUUUUUUUGAACAAGAGCAUUAUGUGUACGUUAGAUAUCGAAUUUGGAAUCUUUUUUGAAUAAAUUGUGUCAGUGUUGUUCUUCACA